AUGGACGCGAAGGUGGGCCUGCAGCCCAGGCUGCAGAGAAUGAAAAAGAAGUGGCUCUUCCCAGCCUCCUGCGGCUUCUUCUUCCUGCUCUCCGUGGUCAUGACUGGCUGUUUCCUGUGGCAGUAUCAGCUCCCCAAGCUCCUUCUAGGUUCUUUGGGACCAGAUGAGACCUCUGCCCCUGUGAGGAUGUGUCCCCGGCACCCUGAGCCCGUGCCCUUGGCCCACCCUCUGCCUGUGUUGAAGGUGGCCCUGGAGCAGGGCGGGGUGCAAGGCAGGGGUGGGUGCCCUCUGUACCCUCAUUCUCAUACACUGCCUAGCAUCGCCAGCGUCUCAAAGGUCUUCCCAGUUCUCAUGCUGUACCGCCUGUGGGAGGAAGGCAUCGUGGCCUCUUUAGAUGACCCUCUGGAACGGUACGCCAGCACGUUCACCAUUAACAACCCCUUGGGCACCGCGUCAGCCCCCAACCUGCAGACCUUGAUGGAUGAGCUGGGAGAGGGCGGCCCAGCCCCAAGGCCUUCACCUGUCACCCUCCGAAGGAUGGCCAGUCAGCUCUCCGGGCUUCCCAGAAGGCUCCGCUCUACUUCUCUGCUGUGGAGGGGCAGCACCCAGGAGGCCCUGAACCUGCUCAAGGAUGAUGUGCUGGUGGCAGACCCAGGAACCAGGUGCCACUACAGCACACUGGCCUUCUCGCUGCUGGCCCACGUCCUGGCAGCCCACACGGCCCAGGGGGACUACCAGCGAUGGGUGGCUCAGAGGCUCUUGGAGCCCCUGGGGCUGGCCGACACGGGCUUCGACCUCACACCCUCGGUGCGCGCCCGCCUGGCGGCUGGCUUCUACAGCAGCGGCCGACCGGCCCCGCUGUACGACCUGGGAUGGUACCGCCCGUCCGGCCAGAUGUAUUCCACCCCUGCCGACCUGGCCAAGCUGGCCAUGCUGCUCCUGGGCGGCAGCCCCCAGAGGCUCCUGCGGCCCGACGCCGCCAAGAUGCUGCUGGCGCCGCUGCUGGCCUGCCCGGGCGCCUACUUCGCCAACGAGACGGGCACGCCGUGGGAGUUCCACGCGCAGCGGGGCUACCGCGUGGUGCGCAAGGACGGCGACCUGGACGGCUACGCCGCCACCCUCUCCCUGGUGCCCGCGCUGCGCCUGGGCCUCGUGCUGCUGCUGGCCGGGCCGCGGCCGCCCGGGCCCGACGUGGUGGCCCAGGCCUACGACGCGCUCCUGCCCGCCCUGGAGCGAGCCUUCCGGGAGGCGGAGCUGCGGCCGGCGCCGCCCGCCAGCGCGCGCCCCUUCGCCGGCUACUUCACCGUCGCCAACCGGACCUUCUACGAGGUGCGCGCCGGGCCCGCGGGCGAGCUGCGCCUGCGCCAGUUCGGGCCCCGCGUGGAGGCGCUGGUGCCGCCCGCCUUCCGCACGCUGGCACUGCGCCACCUGCGCGGCCGCGUCUUCCAGCUGCACGUGGCCCGCGAGUUCCCGUGCGCGCUGCCGCUCGGGGACGCCUGGCUCUCGCUCGAGGCCCAGCACGGGCAGCUCGUCCACUUCUACCCGCUUGACCCCGCCGGGCUGUCGCCUGGCUUCGACGUGCCGGGUCUCAACACCUACCGGGUGCUGAGGCUGCUGCGCGAGCCCGCGUUCCAGACCCAGUGA